GAGCAUCGGCUGGUCCGUCAUUUCUCCGUGUUUUCCCGGUAGCAGAUCUGUUAUUUGCCCCCCCGCCCCCCUUUUACCGUUGGGCUCCGGUGCGAGCUUGUCAUGUCCGGUUAACGAUUUCACCCACUCGGAUUCGCUAGAGAUUAAACUGGAAGAGAAAUGGAGUCUGUGAGUAAGUGGAGCCCGCAACAAGUGGUGGACUGGAUGAGAGGUCUGGACGACAGCCUCCAGCUGUACGUCCCGUCCUUCCAGCAGCAGCAGGUGGACGGGGACAAGCUGCUCAGGAUGUCCCACCAGGACCUGCUGUCUCUGGGCGUAGCGCGGGUCGGACACCAGGAGCUGAUCCUGGAGGCCGUGGAUCUGCUCUGCGCUCUGAACUACGGCGUGGAGUCGGACAACCUGAAGACUCUGGUGGGGAAGAUGAGAGCGGCGCAUCACAGCCUGAGCGGCGCCGUGUCCCAGCGCCGGAAGAACCCGGGCUACCACAGCAAGAACUCCCACCAGCCCUCCAACGAGUUCCUGGCGGCCGUGAUGGAGCUGAUCGCCGCCGCCAAGAGCCUCCUGGCCUGGCUGGACAGGACUCCUCUCACCAGCGCCAACGACUUCACCUCCACCAAGAGCAGAAUCAUCCAGCUGUGUCUGGAGCUCACCUCCACCGUCCAGAAGGACUGCACUGUUUACGAGAUGGAGGAGAAGAUUCUGGAAGUGUCCCGAGCUCUGAACGGUAUCUGUGAGAAGACGGUGCAGGCGACGUCCGACCCGUCCAAGUCUGAGCUGACCCACCUGGAGGAGGUUCACAUCACCAACGUCAGGCCUGGGGAGGGACUGGGCAUUUACAUCAAAUCCACCUACGACGGACUCCACGUCAUCACGGGAACCACGGAGAACUCUCCGGCAGAUAAAACCCAGAGGAUUCACGCUGGAGACGAAGUCGUUCAGGUCAACAAACAGACGGUGGUGGGCUGGCAGCUGAAGCACCUGGUGGAGAAGUUGAGGGCGGAGUCUGGAGGCGUCGUCCUGACGGUGAAGAAGAGGCCGUCUGGAACAUCUGGCGGCUUCGCUCCGGCUCCGCUGAAAAACCUGCGCUGGAGGCCUCCGCUCGUACAGACGUGUCAGGGAGCUCCUGGUCUCUACAGAACCAGGCAGUCGGACGCCCCAGAGAGGAGAAACAAGGCGGCCAUCUUGGAUCUGUACAUCCCUCCUCCCCCGGCGGCGCCGUACGUCCCACAAGACGGGAACACGGUCGUGUCUUCAGGUGUCAAAAUGCGUCCCAAGUCUCCGAACUCGUGCCUGGACGGGGACGUGCGGCGACGCUUCACGGUUACCGAGGACAACCGGACGUCCUCCGUCCCCCCGCCUGACGUCAGCCAGCCAAUCCCCGUCCGUCUCAGACAGCGCUCGUCCACACGCUGUAAACCUCGGCCCGUGUCGAUGCCCGUGGAGUCGGACUCGUCCUCCAGACCCGGAGCUCACGGAAGGAAAGGGAAGGACGUCCUCCACAGAUACCUGAGCAACGAGAGGAUCAGCACCAUCACGGAGGAGGAGCCCAGCUUCCCUCUGCCCUACCGAGGGCACCCGUCGGUCCGAGGCGUCGACCACAUCCGAGGCAGCCAGUGCUUCAUCAGCGCCGACCUGCACAACAGCGCCACCAUCCCGUACCAGGAGGUCACGUCCAAGAAGUCAUCCUCCUCCUCCUCCUCCUCCUCUGCUGCUGUUUCUCCUCCUCAGACUGUGACCAAACAGUCCACGUCUCUGCUCGGAGUGUGGUUGGCUCGUCUCAGGCAGCUGAGACGUCUGGAACGAACCAAAGAACAUAUGAAAGACCCAACACCACAGCAUGUUCAGCGAGCUCGUACAAAAUCUCAGAUCUACACACAAACCAGUGAUGCCAUAAACCAAACAAUCUCCCCCCACACUCUGCACAUAAGACAAACUUCUGCUUUCGUGAAUUAUCUGAACUUUAUCUGUCAAGGCGACAGAGGGGAAGUUUCUGAGAAGCAGACGAGUGCGAUGGUGAGCACUGGUGAAGAACAUAUGAAACAGGAAGGACGCCUCGGAGUCUGUGGCAGUCACAGACCAGAAGACGAGUUCGUCCUCGGCUCAGCAUCAGUCUGCAGGAAAUCUGUUGAACGUCUGGACGUCCAGGCUGCAGCUGCAGCCAUGAGCCGUCGCCGGGUGUCGGUGAAGGAGCUGGGCGUGGUGGACUGUCAGGGCUGGUUACAGCGAAGGAAGGAGGGGCGGAGCUUCCUGGGAGCCAAGUGGAAGAGAUACUGGUUCGUCCUGAAGAAGAGCGCCCUCUACUGGUACCAGGACAAGACGGCGGAGAAAGCCGAGGGAUUCAUCAACCUUUCCGGCUUCACCAUCGAACCGGCCAAACAGUGCAGGAAGAAACAUGCCAUAACAGCCUCUCAUCCUCUGGUCGUGACCAUCUUCAUCGCAGCAGAGUGCAUCACAGACAUGAAUAAGUGGAUUGUUAAACUGACAGAAGCGGCCGAGCCGUGUGAACUCGUCAACGGAGAAGACCGUUACAGCGAGGCCAGCGAUCAGGACGGAGACGAGUCCGCCUCCUCUUUCCUGGACUCUCAACUGGAAGAUUCUGAAAACGUGGAUGACGUCCAGUCGACCUCCUGCUCUCCCGUCCCGUCCCCGUCGCCCUCCGACGGCCGAGGAACUUUGACCAGGAAGAGGAAGGGAAUAAGAAGAAGGAGUGCGUCAGAAGACAGUCGCCUGUCCUGGAUGGACCUCCCCAGGGUGGAGGAGACGCCCCCGGUGCUCCAAGUAGAGGAGGAGAAGGAGGAGAAGAAGGAGGAGAAGGAGGAGAAGGAGGUCGCCCAGGAUGAGAUGGAGUCCCUCUACAAAGACCUGAAGGCUGCCAGCUUGUCUCCGAUUGGACAGACGCGUCAGAAGGACUUCAGGGCGUCCUUCGUCCGACGGUGUCAGAACGAACAGGUCAACGAGAGGCUGCACCUGCUCCGGAUCCUCAGGAGCACCUUAAAGGCUAAAGAGUCGGAGCUGCAGGCGAUGGAUCAGAUCCUCAGCGACCCGACUCUCUCGGCGUCCGACUACAGGAAGUGGAAACUGUCCAACAGCGUCCUGCUGCAGGAGGUCAGCCGACGCAACCAGGCAGCAGGGGGCGCCACCACAACAGCAACCACGCAGGAGGGGGCGACACCGUAACCGCCACCAGGGGGCGACACUGUAACAACAACCAGGCAGCAGGGGGCGCCACCGUAACCGCCACCAGGGGGUGACACCGUAACAACAACCAGGGGGCGCCACCAUAACCGCCACCAGGGGGCGCCACCAUAACCGCCACCAGGGGGCGCCACCAUAACCGCCACCAGGCAGCAGGGGGCGCCACCACCACGGAGCUCAUCUGAUAAACACUAUUCUACAAUAAUGUUUUCAGGUCGAUAAAGUCUUCACACUGAAACACAGACAUUAACGAGCGUCUCGGUGUCAAACAUGCGGCUCGGGGACCAGAAGUCGCCCGCGGAGGCUUUUUAAACGGGUCCAGGUACAGAAAUGUGAAAGUAAAAGGCCUUAAAUGUAACCGGCUGGAUUCUCCCGAUUUACUUCUUCUUUGCACUAAAUGGAAUAAAUCUGGAGUUGAUGUUACUUGUAGGUUAUUAUUCUGUUAUUUUAUCAGUCUGGACGAGUUUAGAUCAUCGAAGCCUGAAUGUGGCCCCUGAAUUAAAUGAGUUUGACCAACCCCCCCCCAUUUAAACCAAUUCAUUUUAAAGGUUUUGUUUUCUAGUUGCAGCUUAUGAAUUCUACCUCUUUUAUUUGAUCGUGUGAACCUGAAGCCAGUAAAAUUCCACAUAUUAAACUGGAAUUUAAACCUAAAACAUAGAAACAUCUGGAUCAUAAAAUUAUUAAAUCUGACUGGAAACUGGUUCAUAUUUAUUUUAGACUCUUCCACGUUAAUGCUUUGGUUUCAGUGUCCUUUGUCCACACUACAACUCCAGACGAGUGACGAUUAAAAUCAACCCACUCUGGAGUAAAUGAAGUAAUAAUUCUGGUUCAGUGUGGAUGGAGGCGACAAACCUGCUUCCAAUGUGCACUUUUCUAAAAAUGUUUUUGAUAAAAACUGUUUUAAUGGUGAAUG